UUAUGGCGGAUAUUUUGGGCCGUUUAUUAAUCAGAUCUGUGACUCAUGGAUCCUGUGGGAUCGGAGAGGAAAUCUGUACAAACCAACAGGACGUCGCCCAGAUGUCAGCGCGGGGCGUGAGAAGAAAGUCCAGACCUAUUAACCCUUUGUGUCCAUCCAGGGCUCGGACGUGAUCCUCAGACAUGAUGGCGGUCACAUUUUAAUGAUGUUCCUCUAUAAGACCAUCUAUUCCGUGCUGUGAGUUACAUAUUGGAAAAAGACAAAAGCCGUCAAGCCCAACCUGUGACCGUACUGUGUUGAUCCAUAGAAAGGAACUGCUCUUACAGGAAAUACUCCCCUGUGAUGGAGACAGGAUGAUGCCCAGGAAGAAGCUGCUGACCCUGGAGUCCAUGAAUCAGUGGGUCCGAGCAGCCAAUGUCCCGAUCCUGGGGCCCCUGACCACCAGGGCCGCCGAGAUCCAGAAGGAAAUCCAAGAGGGGAUCCACAAACCCUUCACAAAGAUCACACCCUGUUUCUAUGGAGACCUACAGGCGAUGGGACAUAAACCAAAAACAUUCCUCAGACAGGUGGCCGCACUGUGCACUUACCCAGAGCUGCUGGAAAGUGAUCGGUUCCCAGAAGAUGCCAAGACCAGAGCCCGGGGAAUUCUGCAGAACCUAGACAAUGGAUCUGUGGGCAGCUACAAUGAAAGCUACAUAACUCAGACAUUACCACAGAAGAUCAGCAGCUUCCUCCAGAGGAGAGACCAUGGGGUCCCCAGUAACCCCAGAAAUAUCAUUGUGUGCAGCGGAACCUCCCAGGCCAUAGUGAGUGUAUUAUCCUUGGUGGUGAAUGAUGAGGAGGAGCUGAACACGGGAAUCCUGCUCUCGGUGCCCUAUUACCCACUUUACAUGGACACCAUCGCCCUGUCUGGUGCAGUAAAAAUACCGUAUUACCUGGAUGAGGAGCACGGAUGGGCCAUCAACGUCAGCCAGAUUCGGGAGGGUCUACCUGCGGCCAGAAAAUACUGUAACCCAAAGGUGCUCUGCGUGAUCAACCCGGGGAACCCCACAGGACACGUCCUGACCCGAGAGAACAUCUCCGAACUCAUCCACCUGGCGGCGGAGGAGGACCUCCUGAUCAUCGCUGAUGAGGUUUAUCAGGAAAAUGUCUUCGCUCCAGGCGCUGUUUUCCAUUCAUUUAAGAAAGUUCUUUAUGAGAUGGGACCAAAGUACCGGGAGCGGGUCCAGAUUAUAUCCGUCAACUCCAUCUCCAAGGGGAUCAGCGGGGAGUGCGGGGUCCGGGCCGGAUACAUUGAGUUUGUGAAUAUUGAUCCUGCAGUGUUUGAGGUUUUGUACAUCCUGAAAUCCUUCCAUAUCCCAUCUGCCAUUGGGACACUGAUGUUGGAGGUGGUCCUGGACCCUCCGCAGCCCGGAGACCCCUCUUAUGACACCUUCAUGAUGGAGAAUCAGACACUGCUUAAUAAUCUGGCACAGAAGGCCCAGAUCACAGAGAAGAUCCUGAACCAGAGCCCCGGAAUCCACUGUUAUCCCAUCCAGGGCGCCCUGUACGCCUUCCCCAGGAUCCAGAUCCCUGACAGGGCCAUCAGACUGGCGCAGGAGCAGGGUCAGGAACCUGAUGAGUUCUUCUGCCAUCUUCUCCUGGAGGACACUGGCAUCGUACUGUGCACUGGCAGCAGCUUUGGACAGGCAGCGGGGACUUACCAUGUCAGGAUCACUCUUCUCCAUCCCAUCGAUGAGCUGAAAUCCAUUUUGCAGAGGAUCGCCCAAUUCCAUGAACGGUUUAUGUCAGAAUAUUCCUAAAUAUCUGAAAUCUGGAAAUCUUCCAAAACUUGGGGGUGCUCACCAUGAUCACACACGGCAUCGCCUCACCCACCCACCCCACCAGGGGACCCCUGACCUCCCACAGCCUCAAUCUGGAGCCACCAUGAAGCUUCUGUAGACGAUGGAUCCUAGGACCUGCCGCAGCCUAAUAAAAUGAUUUUAUGG